CCUUCCCCCAGAAACAGCGCCGCCCGCUCUCCACUUCCGGCCGCACUCCAAUAUCUAGGCCCGUCGUUCCACCUCAUCGUCUGCUUUCUCCUCCUCCUCCUCCUCCGUCUUCUCUCUCCCGCGACUCCAUCAUUUCCAUCUCUCCUGCUUCUCACCCCGCCGUCGUGUUUCAGUGGGUUGGUUCACUACUCCUCACAAACUACCAGAGAAAGGAGCACCUCUUCCAGACACCCAGCAUCGAUUUUCUUCCUGCUUCCUGGUUCCUUCCUUCUUCCUCCACAAUGGCUCCCCGUGUCAUCGUUGUGGGUGGCGGCCUCUCUGGCCUGAGCGCCGCUCACACCAUCUACCUCGCCGGUGGCAACGUUGUCGUCCUCGACAAGCAGGGCUUCUUCGGCGGCAACUCCACAAAGGCGACCUCUGGCAUCAACGGUGCCCUGACGCGCACCCAGGUCGACCACAAGAUUGGCGACAGCGUCAAGCAGUUCUACGACGACACCCUCAAGUCCGCCCGCGACAAGGCUCGGCCCGACCUCAUCAAGGUCCUGACCUACAAGUCUGCCGCCGCUGUUGAGUGGCUUCAGGAUGUCUUCAACCUCGACCUCACUCUCGUCUCUCGUCUUGGUGGCCACUCGCAGCCCCGGACACACAGAGGCCACGAUGCCAAGUUCCCCGGCAUGGCCAUUACGUACGCUCUCAUGCAGCGGCUAGAGGAGCUUGCCGAGACGGAGCCCGAGCGUGUCCAGAUCAUCAAGAAGGCUCGCGUCACCAGCCUCAACAAGGAGGGCAACACCGUCACCGGUGUCAAGUACGAGCUUGACGGCCAGGAGACCAGUCUCACUGGACCUGUUGUCCUUGCCACCGGCGGUUACGCUGCCGACUUUGGCGAGACCUCGCUGCUCAAGAAGCACCGCCCUGAUACCUAUGGCCUCGCCACUACCAACGGCUCUCACGCCACUGGUGACGGUCAGAAGAUGGUCAUGGCGAUCGGCGGCAACGGCAUUGACAUGGACAAGGUCCAGGUCCACCCAACUGGUCUCGUCGACCCCAAGGACCCGGGCUCGAAGUGGAAGUUCUUGGCCGCUGAGGCUCUCCGUGGCGAAGGAGGUCUUCUCCUCAACGCUGACGGCGAUCGUUUCUGUGACGAGCUUGGCCACCGUGACUACGUCUCUGGCAUGAUGUGGAAGGAGAAGGAUAAGGGCAAAUUCCCCAUCCGUCUCAUCCUCAACUCCAAGGCCUCCAAUACCCUUGACUUCCACACUCGCCACUACUCUGGCCGUGGUCUCAUGAAGAAGAUGACCGGCAAGGAACUCGCCAAGGAGAUUGGCUGCUCGCCCGAACACCUUCAGAAGACCUUCAGCACCUACAACGCUAUUGCCGAGGGCAAGCAGAAGGACCCCUGGGGCAAGAAGUUCUUCCACAACCUGCCCGUGAACGUCGAUGACGACUUCCACGUUGCCGUCAUGGAGCCUGUUCUCCACUUCACCAUGGGUGGUAUCGAGAUCAACGACAAGGCUCAAGUCCUCAAUUCUGAGCAGAAGCCUUUCGACGGUCUCUUCGCCUGCGGUGAGCUGGCUGGUGGUGUUCACGGAGCCAACCGCCUCGGUGGUUCGUCGCUACUCGGCUGUGUCGUCUACGGCCGCGUCGCUGGUGACAGUGCCAGCAACUAUCUCUUCCAGCAAGCCCUGAGUGGCUCCGCUGCUGGUGCUGCUGCCCGUGUCGGCCAGAUCUCCCUGCACAUCGACCCAGCUCAGCCCGGCAAGAUCUCCGUUGAGUGGAGCGGCGAAGGUACGAGCAAGACAGCCAGCGUCAACGCUGCUGCGACGAGCGCGAGCACUGCUGACGCUGCCCAACCUACCCAGGCGUCUAAGCCCAAGAAGUUCGAGAUCCCCGAGAAGGAGUUCACCAUGGAGGAGGUCGCCAAGCACAACAAGAAGGAUGACCUCUGGGUUGUUGUCAAGGGUGUUGUCAUGGACCUGACCAACUGGCUCAACGACCACCCUGGCGGCCCGCAGGCCAUCAUGAACUUUAUGGGCCGUGAUGCUACCGAGGAGUUUGAGAUGCUGCACGACGACGAGGUCAUUCCCAAGUACGCUCCCAGCCAGGUCAUAGGGCGUGUCAAGGGCCAGGAGGUUACCCUUGAGAUCUAGAUGUGUGGGGAAUGAUCGGUAGUCGGCUGCGUCUGCGAGGUACCCAUGAACGGCGUCACGGAGGCACAAACCCUUGUUUAUGUAAUGAUUGUUUCUGCAUGCGCAUUCCCAAAAGAGAGAGCUAGGAAGGCCUAUUGGCUACCCUCCGUUCCUGCGUCGGCUUCUCUUGUACAGAUACAUAUAUAGCACGUCUGGCCUGUCGGUUGCGCGGCCCUUUUUCCUGAAUCAAUGAGAAGAAAAGAAUGAUGAUUUACCAUGGAUGUUCAAUUAGGACGAAUGUGCAUUAUGGCCAGUCUUUGGCAGUAGAAAGCAAUAUUACACGCACUGCUAUGAGUGACAUAGAAACGUGCUCCUUGACACCUUCAUUGGUCACAGUUUGAGUUGAACAAGAUCGGUGAGCAGAAGGUGAAUGUGGGAU